GGGCCGUUGCUAGGAUAUGGCCUGCAACACGGAAUGUGGCGGGUGCGGACGCUGCUUCCUCUGAGAGAUUUUUGAGAAACCUGUGCGACCCAAGUAGCUGCUUUUCUGAGUCAGGAAAAUGUCUGAUCAGAAAGAAGAAUUUGUUGCUCAGAAUACUGUUAAUGCAUCAGAAGAAAAUGAUGAUGCUUUUGAGACUAUCAAUAUUCCGGUUCCCUCAGAAGAGCUCCCGGAGUCUGAUCAAACUGAAGAUAAUGAAUCUGAAGUAGAACUGUCUGGUGAGGGCCAUGGCACACAUGCUGAGGAGGAAAGUAGCCAGAGGUUACCAAGCCUGGAACCAAACGGCGAAGAACAACCUGUGGGAGAGGUUAUGUUGCCCAAACACGCUUCAUAUUCUCCAAGACAUUCUCCAAAGCACUAUCGAACUGAAUAUGAUAAUGCAAUGCUGCCAGCCAGAGGGUAUUCUGGAUCUCUGACACUUCUGAAUAAAAUAAAGGCCAUAAAGGAAUCUCUGAAAACAUCAGUGAAAGAUUCCUUAGCAACAGUAAAAGUUGUACUUUUUCCUGUGGGCCAGGAAAUUAUAAUGCCUUUUAAAAUAGACUCCAUUGUAAAGUACCUCAAGGAUCAUUUUUCAUACGUACUAAGUAUCCCAUCUAACGUACUGCAGAUGAGAUAUUCAGGAAUAAUCCUUAAAAAUAAUGAGACCCUACUACAACAUGGAGUUAAGCCACAGGAUAUUGUACAAGUGGAAAUCUUUUCUACAGAUCCAGAUCUAUUUCCAAUCAAAAGAGUAGAUGGAUUAAGUGAUGCCUCUCACAUCAUAACUGUCAGAGUACAAACUGGCAUUGCUCAGUACCAGGACGUAGCUGUUGAGAUUAUAAAAUCUGACUUUCACAAACCAUUUCUUGGUGGAUUCAGACAUAGAAUAACAGGAACAGAGUAUCACAAUGCUGGAACACAAACUGUACCUAAAAAGAUUACCAAAAAAGACUAUGCAUUUUGUAGGGAUACCCAGACAGUUUUUCAGAGAAAAAAGCUCCAGCAAACUAUAAAUACAACAUCCACACAGAUGACUAAAAUUGGGGUGUAUGUAUCAAAUAUGACUGAUAAACUGGUAACACCAGGAAAAUAUUUUUCAGCAGCAGAAUACCAUGCUCAAAGAUUACAGGCGGUAAUAGUGUUACAGACUUACUGUAGACGAUGGCAUGCUAAAGUCAUGGUAGAGAAUUUAAGAAGACAGAAAAUGUUAAGGUUGAAGUGGGAAGCAGAGGAAGAACAAAGGAAGAUAAGAGAAAAAGAAGAAUGGAUGAAAUUGGACUAUCACCGGAGGCAUAAUCCUCAGACAAAAGAAGAUUUUGAGCUUCUUUAUAAUGCACUGGAACUCUGGCGGCAAGAAGAACUUGCACGCAUUAACCAAUCUUUCACUGGGGCUGAAAGGAAAGCUGCUUUGUGUGAACUUCUGGAAAAAGAGACCCAGAUAAUUGCUUCCAUUGGGAGGCAUAGAUGCAUUGCAUAUACGGCAAACCAGGAAGCACUGAUACAAGCUUUUUUGGAUAAGUGUUCAGCUCCAAAGGUAUGGAGAACAUUUAGCGGCAAAAUAAUUGAGAUGGAUACACAGUUCACCAUCAGAGCCAGAGAGCUGCAGAACAUCUAUAAAUGCAUAAUGCUGAAAAAUAUCUCUCAAGAUGAAAGACUGGAUGUACUCCUAACACUUAAACAUACUGUGAAGGAACAUGAAUGUAAACUGACUCAGGAAAUUCUAGAAUUGAUUGACAGAGAGGUUGACCUUAUGAUGAGAGGCGUCAAACAUCAUAAUCUUGAAGGGCUCAGAAAAAGAAUCGCAACACUCUUUUUUCAUUACAUCAAAACACCUCUAUUUAAUCCAGAAGUUGCAAGACACCUUAAGGUCCCUCAAGACCCAUUGAAGUUUUAUAAGAAGAUUUACUUUUGCCACAGUUGCCAGCUCUAUUUGCCUUCCACAGAGUUUGCCGUAUCAUCCAUCUCACACCGUGCAUACCGGUGUCGUAACUGCAUUAACCUUGACAAUGAGACUCGGCAACGAGAAUCAUUUCUGAAGUACAAAUGUUUACUUCAACGGCUCUACUAUUCAGAAGCUAAUUAUGAAGAUGAUUCUAAAAUUGCUUUCCUGAUGCAGCUAGAAGAUAUUCAGUACCUGAUAGAGAACAUCUGGGCAUCGCAGUCAGCACUCAGUGCCUGGAAUGAUCUCCAUGAUCUGGUCAUGGUCAGGUGGGAUAAGUCCUUGGAAUGGUCCCCCUGGAACUGCAUUCUUCUUACCAAAGAUGAAAGCAUUGCUCAUCUCAAGCUAACAAGUAUUGAAGAGGGAUAUGAACCCUCGUUUAUUCACAAGAUCAAACACAAACAUAUCCUGGCUAAGAACUAUUUUUCUCAAAUUCCAGUGCUGGCUUCAUUUAUACUUGAUGAUGGUGAGAUAGAUGAGAUCAGAAAGAAAUAUCACUCAGAAACAACACCUAAGAUUAUAGUGUCCCAGAGACCUAGUCCCUAGAAGAUCCAGGAGUGUUUGAUGAUCAGCACUUUUGUCCACUGCUAAUAGAGUAAUAAGAGACCACACAAUAUGGAAAUAGAAUUUUAUCUUUUUAUUGAUUUUAAUUGUUUUUUGUUUCUCAUAUUAUCAUAAGUUGUAUAAACAUAAAACAUCCCUAUAUAAAUGCUUUAUUGUUACACAA